CUUUGAUCCCUUCAGCUUUAGCGGUGACGUGAAGCUGGCCCCUGUCGGCUCCAUGAACUGUACACCAGUAGAGGUGGUGAAUGACCAACAGUUGAUCGGCGAACAAAGUCCUAUCCAACUGCUGGACCUAGACCAUGUCAAUAACGAAGACGUCACCUUCUACCCAGAUACGAUCCCAUCCGUCCAUAUUAAACAAGAGUUACCCGACAUACCAUCUGGCUGCACAGAGUACGGAUUCGAGACCCAACCACAAGACUCUUAUAGCAUGUACGGCGAGCCAAAUCAGCUGGAGAUCAUGGAAACGUUCGUUAUUAACCAAGUCAGGAAAGAUAUCGAUACAGCCUGUGCCACUCUUGGAAUAUCACCAGAUCCCUCUGAGUGGACCGCAGAUCAGACGCAAUGCUGGGUGAGGUGGACGUUACAGCAAUAUCAACUCUCCGUGUUAGACACAUGCAUGUUCCUUAUCCCAGGAUCCACUCUCUGUCAUUUCACAGAAACUGAUUUCCGAAUGCGAUCUAUGGAAAGUGGCAGCACAUUGUACUCUCAGCUGGAAAUCUGGAAAAAUGCUCGAUUAUACAACCAAACAUCGGCUGCACAGAUCAAGCCUGAGAUGAUCCAGGAAAAUGCAUACAUGAGUUUCCAGGAUGCCAUUCCACACCCAGCCCCAGCCAUCUCCCCGUCCCCAUCCUUGUCCCCUGCACCCAGCACCUGUAGCCUUGAUAGUCUCAGCAGCAGCUCAACCUCCUCCAUCGGUUUCUCAUCCAGCAACAAGACCACUAACUUUGAUUUCCUUAGCACAACCUUCAAAAGCGAGCCUGGUUUAGAGAAGCCCAUCCGUUCCGGCACGACAGAGCACAAGCAAACGAUACACUUGUGGCAGUUUCUUAAGGAGCUUCUGCUCCAGGGCCAGUGUCAUGGCAACUGCAUCAAGUGGCUGGAUCGUGAAAAAGGUAUUUUUAAGAUUGAAGACUCGUCACGCGUUGCUCGUCUGUGGGGAAAAAGAAAGAACCGACCAGCAAUGAACUACGACAAGCUAAGUCGUUCCAUCCGUCAGUAUUAUAAGAAGGGCAUUAUCAAGAAGACAGAGCACUCUAAGAGACUUGUUUACCAGUUUUGCAAGCCAUAUCUCUCAUGAGACCAGCUUCCUGCCCAGGAUUUGUCUCAAGCCGACCAUACCCAUUGGUACCCUGCCUACAGGAAGGUGAAGGGGAAGCGACACUCAACUCGCGUGAGGGCGUGUCGAGAUGUCUCGUGACAUUGAAACAAACUAAUCAGAACAUCUAAGAGUUUCUGAUUGGUUGGAUGUCAACACAUGUGGCUGUUGGUUUUCCUGACUGAAAGACGUUCCACACGAUAUAUAGAAUAUGAAACAGUUUACAAAAUGAUGUAUGCAUAUAAGUUAGUAACUUUUUGAAAGAUUUGAAAGUCUUGGUUGGUAGGAAUAAAGAAAGCCAAACUAUACAGCAAAAGUGCCAAAGUAAUUGUGUUGGGGCCAUUAAAGGAUGAAGAAUCCUGAUGUCAGCAUCUGAGUUUGUCAAUGUUAUACUUUUAGAAGGCGAAAUUAGAUGACUGUCGCACUGUUCAGAGGCGAACUAGUCAGAGUUUGCUAACGAUGUACCUCCAAAAUCAGGAGGUGAAAUGCCAACUCCUAACUAGCCAACUAUAACAUCUUCAUAAUGCGCAGAAUUAAGGAUGAUCCCAAUUUUGUGAUCUCAUUGUUGACUUGGGACAACCAUUUAUACACAAUACGCUUAUUCAGACCAUAUGUAUGUUGUCAGUCUUUGUACAGAUUUUAUUCUUUGUUGUUACCAUUAAUUUUACUUAAUUGACUGAACAAAAAAAGCGGUCCAAAGAUUCCUUAAAGAAUAUUGGCAUUGGUCACAUGUUACUCUCAACACUUCACUACAACUAGCAUUACCUAUUCCAUUUUGUAAAUAGGCAUUGGUCACAGUCCUUUUACGGGAGCCAAAAUCUGGAGUUGUUUUGUGAUACCCUCCGUGGUGCUAUUUUGAAAUAUUCUUGUACUUUUAUAAUAAACCAUGAUUUCAUCCUUUUUUUUAUA